AGACAAUUCAAAAUUAUAAAAAAAAACAGUUAGUUGUAUCGAGUUACAAUCAAGGUAGGUACUUUGGGCCUGGCUUGCCGAUCACAGGUUAUAACAGGUUAUAGUUUCCAGAAUUCUCAUGCUAACUUUCUAGAUGUUAAGACAAACCAUCCGACUAGCCAGACCGGCCAGACUCUUCUCCACUUCUGUCAUUGCCAGAAAUGCAUCGCAGGCUCCGAAGGAAUUCAAGACAGCCAAAAGCCUUAGUGAAGUGGUUGACAAGUAUGACUUAGUUGGUCCUGGUGCUCAGCCAGGCACUGUUCCUACGGAUUUGGAACAAGCUACCGGUCUUGAAAGACUUGAAUUACUUGGUAAGCUGGAGGGUGUUGAGGUUUUCGAGAACGAGCCUCUUGACUCUUCCAGAAAAGGUACCUUGGCCGACCCAAUCGUUGUGAACUCGUACGACGACUACAGAUAUGUUGGAUGCACCGGUUCUCCUGCCGGCUCUCAUGAGAUCAUGUGGCUCAAGCCUACCGUGGAGAAGGUUGCCAGAUGCUGGGAGUGUGGUUCCGUGUACAAAUUGAAGUAUCUGGGAACUGGAGAAGGCCACCACCACUAAGUAUAGAUAUGUUAUAAUAUGAAAUUCGC